GGAGACGGGCAAGGACAAUCCAAGCGCGGAGGGGUGCUGGACCCGCACGGCCUCACGUUGUUCCUGUGCUUCCCGCCUUGCUCCAUUGCUUCGCCCCUGACCUUUGACCAGUGGACUGGUCCUAAGAGGCGGAGGGGAGAAGACGCGCUCACUCUCUACAGUCGUCCAGUGGGCCGGCGGCUUCUCCCCACAGAGCGUGCAGGAGCUAAAGAUGCUAUUGGGCUGUCAUUUUAUCAAAUGUGAGAAGUCAGCCCAGAGAUGGAAAACUUCAUUCUGUACGAGGAGAUUGGCAAAGGAAGCAAGACUGUCGUCUAUAAAGGGCGACGGAAAGGAACAAUCAAUUUUGUAGCUAUUCUUUGUACUGAUAAGUGCAAGAGGCCUGAAAUAACCAACUGGGUCCGUCUCACCCAUGAAAUUAAACACAAGAAUAUUGUAACUUUUCACGAAUGGUAUGAAACCAGCAAUCAUCUCUGGCUAGUCGUGGAGCUCUGCACAGGUGGUUCCUUAGAAAUGGUUAUUGCUCAAGAUGAAAACCUUCCAGAAGAUGUUGUGAGAGAAUUUGGGAUUGACCUAAUUACUGGAUUACAUCAUCUCCAUCAACUUGGCAUUCUCUUUUGUGACAUUUCUCCUGGGAAGAUCCUUUUGGAAGGGCCCGGCACAUUGAAGUUCAGUAAUUUUUGCUUGGCCAAAGUGGAAGGUGAAAAUUUGGAAGAGUUCUUUGCCUUGGUGGCAGCAGAAGAAGGAGGAGGUGAUAGCGGGGAAAACGUACUGAAGAAAAACAUGAAAAGUAGAGUCAAAGGAUCUCUUACUUACACAGCUCCAGAAAUUGUGAAGGGUACCGACUUCUCCAUCACCAGUGACCUCUGGUCUCUGGGCUGUCUGCUCUAUGAAAUGUUCUCAGGAAAGCCUCCAUUUUUCUCAGAAAGUUUAUCAGAAUUAAUUGAAAAGAUUUUUUAUGACGAUCCUUUGCCACCUAUUCCAAAAGAUCCUUCUCUUCCUAAAGCUUCUUCAGAUUUUAUUAAUUUGCUUGAUGGUUUACUUCAAAAAGAUCCUCAGAAAAGAUUCACUUGGGCAGGCCUGCUGCAGCAUUCAUUUUGGAAGGAUGCUUUCACUAGAAAAGAUCAGGAUUCAAGCACCGAGGAUUCCAACAUGAGAAAUGUAGAGUAUCCUGGGUUCCAAGAUUCCAAGGAGCUUCUGAAGAGUCCUCAGAGUGGACAGGCGAGAGGGGAGAAGAGCGGCCAGCAGCUCAGUCACUCCUUCCGCCUAGAAAAUCCAUCUGAGUUGCAGCCUAAGAGUACUCUUGGGGGUCAGCUGAGUGAGUCCAUGUUUCUUCUCAGUUCUCGUCCUACUCCGCGAACUAGCACUGCAGUGGUGUUAAGUCCUGGUGAGAAUAUUACUCAGAAUUCACCACAGAAGGCUUCUCCUUUGACCAAGGUUGCCAGUGGGCAGCUGAGUCAACAGGACCUGGAGUCCCAGAUGAGAGAGCUCAUUUACACAGACUCAGAUCUUGUCGUCACCCCAAUUCUCGACAAUCCCAAGAUAAUGAAACAGCCACCAAUUAAAUUUGAUCCAAAGAUUCUGCAUCUACCAGCACAUUCAGUGGAUAAAUUAGUAUUUCUAAAAGACCAAGACUGGAAUGACUUUCUGCAACAAGUGUGCUCACAGAUGGACUCCACCGAGAAGAGCACGGGGGCCUCCCGAGCCAAGCUCAAUCUCCUUUGCUAUCUGUGCGUGGUGGCCAGUCACAGGGAGGUGGCCACCAGGCUCCUCCAGUCCCCUCUGUUCCAAUUGCUAAUCCAGCAUUUGCGAAUAGCUCCAAACUGGGAUAUAAGGGCCAAGGUUGCUCGGGUGAUUGGUUUACUGGCCUCGCACACAACGGAGCUCCAAGAAAAUACACCAGUUAUUGAGGCAAUUACUCUCUUAACUGAAUUAAUUAGGGAGAACUUCAGGAACAGCAAAUUAAAACAGUGCCUUUUACCGACCCUAGGGGAGCUGAUCUACCUUGUAGCCACCCAGGAAGAGAAAAAAAAGAACCCCCGAGAAUGCUGGGCUGUUCCCUUGGCUGCAUACACGGUGCUAAUGAGGUGCCUUCGGGAAGGGGAAGAACGUGUUGUGAAUCACAUGGCAGCAAAGAUUAUUGAAAAUGUCUGCACGACCUUUUCUGCUCAGGCCCAGGGCUUUAUUACGGGAGAAAUUGGGCCUGUUUUAUGGUACCUAUUCAAACAUUCCACCGUUGAUUCUCUUAGGAUAACAGCAAUAUCGGCCUUGUGCAGAAUCACUCGCCAUUCCCCCACGGCCUUCCAGAAUGUUAUUGAGAAGGUGGGACUGAACUCGGUAAUAAACUCCCUGGCCUCUGCCAUCUGCAGAGUUCAGCAGUACAUGUUGACCUUAUUCAGUGCUAUGUUGUCCUGUGGGAUUCAUCUUCAGCGACUAAUCCAGGAAAAGGAUUUUGUCUCCACAAUUAUCCGUUUACUUGACAGCCCCUCGACUUCCAUUAGAGCAAAAGCCUUCCUGGUUCUUUUAUAUAUUUUGAUUCACAACCAUGAGAUGCUGCUUUUCAGCUGCCAAGCGAGACUGGUGAUGUACAUCGAGAGAGACAGCAGAAAGACCACUCCAGGCAAAGAGCAGCAAAGCGGCAAUGAGUACCUGUCCAGAUGCCUGGACCUCCUCAUCCGUCAUAUCGUGCAGGAGAUGCCGCGAAUCCUGGGUGACAUUCUUAACGCCUUGGCUAACGUGUCUGGUCGUAAACACCCAUCCACGGUUCAAGCGAAGCAGCUGAAGAUGUGUCUCCCACUGAUGCCUGUAGUGCUUCACCUUGUAACUUCUCAGGUAUUUCGACCUCAAGUUGUAACCGAAGAGUUCCUUUUCAGUUACGGAACAAUUCUUAAUCAUAUUAAAUCAGUAGACUCUGGAGAAACUAACAUAGAUGGGGCCAUAGGACCGAUGGCAUCAGAAGAAUUUAUCAAGAUCACAUUGUCAGCUUUUGAAGCAGUGAUACAGUAUCCUAUUUUACUGAAAGACUAUUGCUCUACGGUGGUUGAUUAUAUCCUGCCACCCUUGGUCUCCUUGGUUCAAAGCCAAAACGUGGAGUGGAGACUCUUCAGCUUGCGGUUGCUCUCAGAAACCACGUCCCUGCUCGUGAACCAGGAUUCUGGGGAUGGCAAGAAGGAAGCGAAGGUCAAUUCUGACAGUAGUCUUCUGGCUCUCAUUAGAGAUGAUUUGCUUCCCCAGUAUGAGCACAUCCUCACGGAGCCCGACCCUGUACCCUCAUACGCCCUGAAGCUGCUGGUUGCCAUGACAGAGCACAACCCAUCUUUCACCAGGCUUGUGGAAGAAAGCAAACUGAUCCCACGCAUUUUUGAAGUAAUUCUGGAACAUCAGGAGAACAUCCUGGGUAACACCAUGCAAAGUGUGAUUGCAUUGCUCAACAAUUUGGUUGCCUGCAAAGAUUCGAACAUGAAGCUACUUUAUGAACAAGGGCUAGUUGGUCAUGUCUGUCACCUGUUCACCGAAACUGCCACACUGUGCUUGGACGUGGACAAUGAAAACAACGAGACAGCUGCCGCCCUGCUGUUUUCCCUGCUUGAUAUUUUGCACGGCAUGCUGACCUAUACCUCCGGUGUGGUGCGGCUGGCUCUGCAGGCACAGAAGUCUGGCUCAGGAGGGAACAUUCAGGCCGCCGAAGACCUACUGCUGCUCAGCAGGCCCCUGACAGACCUGGUCAGCCUGCUCAUCCCGCUGGUAACAGCAGCAAAAAGAGAAAUGGUUCUAUCCUUAAAGAAGCUUCCUAAUGAGGAUCCUGAAGUUUUUGAAGUUUCAUCUAAGUGUCUGUCAAUACUGGUUCAACUGUAUGGAGGGGAAAACCCAGACACCCUGUCUCCUGAAAAUGCAGAGAACUUUGCUGAUUUACUGACAUCCAAAGAGGACCCGAAGGAGCAGAAACUUCUGUUGAGGAUUCUCAGAAGAGUGGUCACCUCCAACGAGAAGCACCUGGAGAGCCUCAAGAAUGCGGGCAGCCUCCUGCAGGCUCUGGAGAGGCUGGCCCCGGCCGGCGGUUCAUCAGCCAACAGUGCAGUGGCUUCCUUGGCCCUGGAAAUCCUCCAAGCAGCUGGACACUAGGCAAGAAGGCACUUGGCACAAGCCCACCCUCGGCUAUACACGUUCACCACAUGGCCACCGACAGCUGUUUGGAUCUAAUAAAGUCAUCUGAACCCAGAACCUCUGGCUAAGGGAAGAACUGAUUCCAAGAAUCUUGGGGAGAAUUGGGUAAGACUCCACUAACAGGCACAGGUAGUUAGAAGUUUGCCUAAAGGAAUGCAGACCGCUCAAGGAAUGCGGACGUCCUUGAAGGUCUGCCCGUCUAGACCAGCUGACGGCAUCAAGGUAGACUCAUCCCCCCGACUUCGACCAGUUACCCCCUUAUCCUUGAAACCUCUCCAGCUUGUUUUGCACACACAUGCCCUUAGCAUUUGCUACUGUAAGAGUCAAGGCCAAGAAAAUAUUUGGUGGCACUGCAGAAGGCGCUGGGACUGCCGUACUGAGGAAGGCAUGGGUCCUGGACAGCUCGAACGUGGUGAGCAAACUGAGAACACUGCCCAGACUGUUCUCUGGGGCCUCAGUUUCCUCAACUGCAGAUGCAAGAGCUGGGCUAGACUGGAUCAGUAGCUGCAGUGCCCUGUGCUUCUUGGGGGGUGUGCCCCUCACGCACACUGCCCCAGACCGGACGGGAUUCCGUCCCAGGCAGCGACCCCUACGCAGGCAGAGUGCGGGGCAGGCGGCAGUGGGAGCCAGUUGGGCACAGGGGGCCCCAUCUGCUACAUCUCGGGAAGCUGCUCACACUGUCACCGACAGACCCACUGUGCCGUCGUGAUCUGGGUAGUGUGCCAGCUUCCGUGUGGCUUUGUAAUGAACACAGCAGCUCCGUGCCCCACUCCGUCAAAGGCAGUGGAAGCAGAAUUCCCCUUACCGGCCACACAAACGUCUCCUCUCCGAGCCCAGUUACAUUUUAGACACGGGGAAGAACUUACGAAGUUUUCACAAAAGGUCCUCAUCCAACAAAAAGGAACUGCAUGUAUGUUUAGACACACGGUAAGUCAAAAACAGCUCUCCCUGAGCACAAAACACUGUCAUGCCUUUUAAAGACCAAAACACAAGUUCUAACAGGUCUGCUGGCUCAGCCCUGAGAGAUGAACUAAGUUUGUCAGACCUACCACCAGGAUGACAGGAUCACCUGGCCCAUUCUAGUUCAGAUAAACAUCGACACUUAAACCAUCUUAAUUAUCAGUUCAAAGCGGAGUUGAAGGAAUUCCCCGCUCCAAAUGAGUCACACGUCUGUGAAGGCGCUCGAAGUCCAAAUCCAGGUACUUAAUUCUCCAUUAUUACCUUAAUGGAAUGAAACCAUCUGAUAGAGUUGAGGGCAGGGGGUAUACCUAUCUGGCAUUCAGUUUUGUUCUAAAGUAGCCCAAGAACUAGAUGCCUUGGAACUGAGGCAGCUUCUGGGCAAGAUUAUACACAUGACUGCAGCCAGGCUGAAGGUGACUUGGCCACAGGCUCUAACUAAGCCCAGCGUCCCUUGGUUGGAGAUGGUGGACACUCUCCUCUUACACCAGGCUCAGGACCGUGUUCGACGCUAAAACACUUCUGGUGCAGUUUCACCCAAGGCCAAAUGCUACAGAAGCUUGGCAGACAGUCUCAUCUACUAACAGUAAGACUCUUUCCAUCAUUACAACUUAAAUUAUUUCAUUGUGUGUUUUCCUCAGGAUGAAGUUGAGUUAUAUAACUUAGCACCCUCACAAGCAACCUAGUGACAGGGAAAAAAGGUGACACAAUCGAAUGAAUUAAAAGUUUAAUUCUGAACCAUUUUUAUAACCGCAUUUUCUCUUGAAGCAUUGUAUCACAGCAGGUUACAACAACUUUGGGAUAAAAGGCAACUGGUAAACUGUCCAAAACAAGGUUCCAAAUAACACCUCUGAUACUGAGUUACCCUACCCAUACAUAUCCCAAAUAGAGUUUUUGAUCAAAAACAUGAAAUAGAUCCACCUGCUUAUUUUAAGCAUAUUAAAAAGGAAACUAAUUGGACCAUUUCUAUUUGUCUAUUUUAUACAAAAAGGCUACACAAUGUUACACUUUAUUCAGAUUACAAUUAGAGUGAUUAUGAAUUAGUGUUCUACACCAUUACUCAAUUCUUAAAAAUUAGAAAUUGCUGUAGCAGUAUUCACUAUAACUUAACACUACAAGAGACUUAAAAAACUAACAGUUACUGCAAAAAAAAAAAAAAAGAAA